UCCUCAACCAAACACUCAACUGAUAUUGUGUGAUAAAACUGGAAGUCAGCCGGCGGACGAGGGGCUAUUUGGCCAGAAAAAGCACCCAAACCCCGCAGCCCUCGGCGUCGCGAGCAAACCCAACCGCCUCCGUGCCGGAAGUUGUCUCAGCAGCAGCGAAGACGGCGAGAAUCGUUGCUUUUAAAGCCACCAAAGGCUGGUUUUUAUUUUGCUGUGGCUGUCGAAAGGCGGGGAAUACAAAGCGACGUGUGGUCAAACCCAUUACAUUUUGGACUCAUUGAGGCAAAAACGGGAUUACUACAAAUCCAGUUCGUGCUGCUGUGACUGGUCAGCGAUAGUACAUGGAUUAUCUGUGUUUCCGGGCACUGUGCUGUAAAGGACCCCCGCCGCCGAGACCAGAGUAUGAUGUGGUGUGCAUCGGCCUGACAGGUGCUGGAAAGACCAGCCUGCUCUCACGCCUUUGCAGUGAGGGCAGCGAAGGCAUCGUUGCCACAACAGGUUUCAGCAUCAAAGCAGUGCCAUUUCCAAAUGCCAUCUUGAACGUAAAAGAACUUGGAGGAGCUGACAACAUCAAGAAAUACUGGAGUCGUUACUACCAGGGGUCACAGGGUGUAGUCUUCGUAUUGGACAGUGCCUCAUCAGAUGAGGACCUUGAGGCAGCCCGUAACGAGCUACACUCGGCCCUGCAGCACCCGCAGCUCUGCACACUGCCUUUCCUCAUCCUCGCCAACCACCAGGACAAACCCGCUGCAAGAACGCCAAACCAGGUGAAGAAGUACUUCGAGCUGGAGCCGCUGGCCCGAGGGAAGCGCUGGAUCCUGGAGGGCAGCACCACCGACAACUUAGAGGCCGUGAAGGAGAGCUUUGGUCAGUUCAUUAGCCUGUUGGAGGACAAAGACACAGAGCCCGCAAGGAUAUGAUGCUAACGCCGCUAAUGCUAAGAGACAUUAGUGGCUGACGACAACGAAACACCACAUCCUGCUGGUGCCCAUGUACACACACAUACCCACUCACGCACAGACACAAACAUGCACACACGAGAAAACACAGCAGUUGUCGGCCUCUCCGUUCAAGAAGUGUAUUGUAUGUUAUUCUCCCUUCACUUUGCUCUCAUCUUUCAAACUAGAAGAGUGUGUGCCACUACAGCCCGUCAGAGGAAAGCUGCCAUUAAAACCACCCAGUGUAAAGCCAGUUGUCAAGAAAAAUCAUUGAACUUUGCCCGAAAUGGAAAUCUUGUUUACUGCUGUCUGCACCAUUGUGAUUAAACCAGCGGCACGUGGGACAUGUGGCAUUCCUUCAGUCAUCAACGGACACUUACACACACAUUCUCACCCUAACACACACACACACACAGUCACACACAAAGUGGAGCCCAGGUUGUCUGUAGAUAUGUUUAACAUCUCCAGUAAUUACUUUACAGGAUGUUUGGGUGGGCUCAGUUGAUGUUCUUUCCACUGAGAAGUACUGUAUGGCUGUCAAGUGUGCUUCUCAGUUUGACUCGCUAACAACGAAUGUCGUUGUGUGAUCGGAGUCCAAAACCCUGUGUUAUGUACAGUAGUUACAUAUCGGUGCGUUACACUGUGUCUGAAAAUAUAAUCUGAAUAGUGUAGUCUGAGUAUCUCAUGGAGUAUUAUGUACAUGCAAACAGGCAUAUUGCUGUGUACCCUCCUGUGCAGCCAUACACAAGUACUACUAAUCAUGUGACUUAAGUGCUAGAUGACUUUAUGGAGACCAUGUGGAGGAAGUGGGAACAAGUCUGAAUGCUUUUAUAAAUGUGCAACUUAGGAUAUAUUUUAUAGCUCUGUAUGUUAAUCUCGUAGAGCUACGUUCGGAUUUUUUAUAACUCAUACCACACUUAUGAAUUCUUUCAAAUCAAAGACCAAAAAAAAAGAAGAAAAAAAAAAA